CUUUACGGAAUCGACUGUCCCGUCAACGCCAUUUCAGAACGCAGCUGGGUCGAGGGCCGACACUGCCGUCCCAGAUUCCCAAAUGCCAUAUCCGACUGGUAUGGCAUUCCCUUGACUCUCCGAGAGCGACGAAUGAUGGCUCUGAUGGGCGAAAUCACCGAGAAACCGGAGUGGAACCGCAAAGUCUUUGACGAGGAGAUUGUGUCCAAGUGGCGAGCUGAGACUUUGGCGCUCAACGACGAUGCGCAGCCAGAGCGUGUCUUGACUGUGAAGGCGUUUGAUUAUUGUAUGGAGGAGUUGAGGGAUUAUGCUGCUCAGUUUGAGAAGACUGGCAUGAUACCCGCCAUUCAUGCAGAUGGUGUGGUUUACAAGUCCGAUACUUGCGUCACGGCCGAGAUGAAGGCUGCUCUCAAGGCUGCCGCCGCCGUCCUUGAAGACGUUGAUGAUAGCAAGAAAGACUGGCAUCCGCACUCCGACGAAAAGGUCCUCGAUCUUGUCCAUCCGAGCUUAUUUCCGUUGCUGUAUGGACGAUCGACUGUUCUCUCGGAAUCAGAAGGCACGGUACCUUUGCGUGAUUGUGACGCCUAUAUUGGCAAGGGCCUUAUUGCUCCAAUACCAAAGGACAAGGACCUGAAGGUGAAACGCUUUCAUGGUGAGCAGUCUGAAUGGCCACACUGGCGAUACGGAAACUAUCACUUUUACUCCAAAAGAUAUCAGUGGCUGCCUUGUGAGAUUGCGUUCCGCGGAGAUGAUGAGGUCGAGAUCACGAGCUAUAUCAAUAAUUUGCACCCACGUCAACAUGAGCCAUUGUACAAAGCUCUUGAGAGUAUCAUCGCAAAGGUCAUCCCGAUGUGGGAUGGUUGCUUGAACAAAGCGAAUCCCUACUUUGAGCGCCCGCCGCCACGAGACGAUGCAAAUGCCGACUGGAUCGACUCUAACAAGCCGCGACCUCGGAAUAGAAAGGAAGAGAGACAUUACAGCAAAGACGAAAUCUGGGAUCUCGACGAAGAAUGGAGAAUGGCCAAUCGCAUACUCAUCAUGCCCGAUUUGCAACACGACUAUCAAACUCGAGCGAACUAUAUCAAGGCCGAACGAAAAACCUCCACCACACCCGUCAAUCUGCGCAAAGACUGGGCACAACAAGGCCUCCAAAUCAUCGUCAAACUAGCCAACAUCCAUCUCACGCCCGAAAAACCCGAAUACGAAGGAGGUUCGUGGCACAUUGAAGGCCAACUAAACGAACACAUUUGCGCCUCAGCACUCUACUACUACGACAUGUCCAACAUCACCACCUCCCACCUCUCCUUUCGCGAAUCCACCGCUGUCGAACAUCUCCAUUCCAAACCUUAUGAACAAUACGAUCACGCACAUUUCGAACGCGUCUACGAUAUUCCACCAUCGGGCUCAGCAAUUCAAUCUCUCGGAAACGUUCUCACGCGUGAAAAUCGUGUCUUGGCUUUUCCCAAUGUUUUCCAACAUCGUGUCGAACCGUUUCGUCUUGCGGACGCGACACGAUCUGGUCAUCGGAAGAUUUUGGCGUUGUUUUUAGUGGAUCCAUUUCUUCGGGUUCCUUCGACGGCGAAUGUUCCGCCGCAGCAAAUGGACUGGUGGAGGGAUUUGGUGGAGUGUGGACUUGAUCGUGGGGCGGCGAAAAAUCUUCCACGGGAAGUUGUGGAGGGGAUUGUGGAGAGUGGUGCUGCUGCUGGUGAUGGGAAGGGUUUACCUGUUGAGUUGGAAGAGGCGAAGAAGAUUCGAUUGGAGUUGAUGGAGGAGAGGAAGAUGUUUGUGAGGGAUGUUGAUCGAAGGUUUGAGAUGGAGAGUUUUAGUUUUUGUGAGCAUUGAGCGAGCGAGGGAGGGAGUGAAUGAGUGAGUAAGUGAGUUGCGGUGUAUUUUACGACAGCCUCCUUUCGUCAAUUUGAAUCCCAACUACC